AAGGACAACAAGAGUCAGACCAUCCCUGAGGCGCUCUUUUGGUUGAAUCGUAUCCUUAAACCCCAUUCGCUGCAAAUGAGAGCAAAGCUAUUACUCAUAACAUACGGACCACUGAUUAGUGUGAGUCCGGCGUCCACUUCCAUCCCAUACAUCGGAUGGUGGGAUCUGACGGACACUUUCUUCAUUAAUCAAGGUUUAGAAGAGUUAGGUUUCGCGCUAUACAUGCUUUACGGACAGACUAAGUCACCCGAAGACAAGUCUAAUGUAAUUCUAUUGAUGGAAGAGAUUAUGAAAACCCCUCAGAACUGGUUGUUUGAAAACAUGGCAUCACUUCUGUUCUUCGCCGGCGAUGACAUCACUUAUCAGUACUUCUACGCAAAGAUGUCGACUGAGAACUACUCAGAAGUGGCCCAAAAGUUGGUGUAUUUGACACUAAUUGAGCACAAAUUGACUAAAAAGACAAAAAUAGUGUACAAAAUGAUUGAGAAGUUGUGUUCGAGUGGUGAACACAAACACAAACUCAUGAAUGAACUGCCGAUCGCUUUCUGCGAAGCCAUCACUGAUAUCGACGGCGCCAUUGAGUUGGAGGACGAGAGAGAUAUCACGGAAUUACACGAAAUAAUAGCCGCGCAGUCGGACCUCAUGAAGAACUCAUUCCUCUAUAACUUCGAUAUGUCUUCACAGGAAUCCAAACAAAGUCUCACUUUUAAUGAUUCGCAAACCGCUCCUAAAGAGGAGUGA